AUGACUCCUAUCACAGUUGGUAUUGCCGGUAUUACGGGCAAAUUCGCCCGUUGCGUUGUUGGUCACCUUUUGAAGCACCCGAACGUCACUAUCAAGGGAUAUUGUCGCGACCCAACUAAACUUCCCGCUGCCCUCCUUGCAUCCCCGAGAAUUAGCAUCACCCAAGGCCAAUCAGACGAUAAAACGGCUUUGCAAACAUUUGCUAAAGGAAACGAUGUAGUGGUUUGCUGUUAUCUCGGUGACCACAACCUCAUGAUCAACGGUCAAAAGUCGUUGAUCGAUGCUUGUGAGUCUGAGGGAGUCAGUCGCUACGUGGCAAGCGACUACAGCCUAGACUUCACGAAGCUAGAGCUUGGGCAGCUUCCCGCCAAGGACCCCAUGAAGCAUGUUCAAGAAUAUCUGAAGAGCAAGAACGUGCAAGGAGUCCAUGUUUUGAUUGGCAUUUUCAUGGAAACUUUCUUCACCACUUUCUUUAAUGCCUGGAAUGCCAAGGAAUCCUCAUUCUCCUACUGGGGCUCUGGUGAGGAAAUGUGGGAGUCAACAUCCUACGACAAUGCGGCCCAGUUUGUCGCAGCUGUCGCCCAAGAUCCUACUGCGAUUGGUGUUCAGAGAUUCCUCGGCGAUCGUAAGAGCAUUCAACAAAUCGCUACGGCAUUUGAAAUCCAGUACAAGGUCAAGCCACAGUUGAACAGACUUGGAUCUCUGGACGAGCUCUACACACAUAUGCAACAAGUCAGAGACAACGACCCAAACAACUUUAUGGCGGCUUGGAUUCCUCUGUUCUAUAAGUUUUACUGCACCAACGGACAGACUUAUCUCACCCCAGAUGUCGAUGCUUCCAAAUAUUCCGAAGUCCCACGACUGACCUUUAACGACUUCUUCAAACACAAUUCCCCAGACUCUCUUUCAACUGCAGCUUGGGGUGUUGGUUCGAACGUCUCGGCACAGUAA